AUGGAAGCUGCAAUCAAACAAUUUAGUAGGGCGUGUCCCUUCCUUCAUAAAAACUCUGCUGCCUCUCUUCGUAAUCUUGCUCAUCUACCCGCUCAUGCCGCCAGUUACGUCGAGGCCAGUGCUGGUAAUGUGCGUGGUAAUGCUUUGGUCUUCAUGGCCCAAAAAUGCCCCGUAAUGGGUAAGGCUAUGGCCUUACGAAGCAAAAGCUAUUUACAUACUUCUGCUAGGUUGACCAAACAACCUACCCUUCCGUUGAAUCAAGCUUCAGUUGUGCAGGAACCUUCCCUUCGCACUUCGCCUCACGGUAGUGCUUCUACAACUCAUUCUUAUCACCCAGCCACACAUUCUACCAAAGCCAAACACUUCGACUACGAAGCUCUUUAUAACUCGGAGCUUGAAAAGAAACAUCAGGAUAAGAGUUAUCGUUAUUUCAACAACAUCAAUCGUCUGGCCCAAAAGUUUCCUAAAGCUCAUACUGUCAACUUACAAGAUGAAGUCGUUGUUUGGUGCAGUAAUGAUUAUCUCGGUAUGGGCAGAAACUCCGUAGUGUCAGAGGCUAUUAUUCGAACCUUGCACAAAUACGGUGCUGGUGCUGGUGGUACCCGUAACAUUGCGGCCCUGAUCUUUUCUUCUUGUUAUGUGGCCAACGACGCGACAUUAAGUACUUUAGCUUCAAAACUACCUGGCUGUGUUAUCUUUUCUGAUGCUUCUAAUCACGCCUCAAUGAUUCAGGGGAUUAAGCAUUCAGGUGCAAAAAAGAUGAUUUUCAAACAUAAUGAUUUGGCGGAUCUGGAGGAAAAACUUCAAUCCGUAGACGUAAACAUUCCAAAGAUAAUUGCAUUUGAGAGCGUCUAUUCUAUGUCUGGUUCGGUAGGUCACAUUGAAAAAAUUUGUGAACUCGCCAAGAAAUACGGUGCCAUCACUUUCUUGGAUGAAGUACACGCCGUUGGUAUGUAUGGUCCACGUGGCGCUGGUGUAUCGGAACAUUUAGAUUUUGAUUUAAAUGCUCGUUACCCUCAUGGAAACAAUGGAGGCAUUUUGGACAAAAUUGAUAUCAUCUCUGGUACACUGGGUAAGGCAUUUGGUGUUGUUGGAGGUUACAUCGCCGGUUCUGCUGCCCUGAUUGAUAUGAUUCGAUCUUAUGCUCCCGGCUUUAUUUUCACCACUUCUCUUCCGCCAACGGUGGCUGCCGGUGCAAAAGCCUCCAUCCAGUAUUUAAAAGAGUCCACCAGAGAACGUCAAAUGCAACAACUCAACACCAGGUCGCUCAAGGAUCGCUUGGGAAAACUUGAUAUUCCUGUUGUACCAAAUCCAUCUCAUAUUGUUCCCGUACUUGUUGGUGAAGCCGAAGCUUGUAAAAUUGCUUCAGACCAAUUGUUACGUGAACAUGGUAUUUAUGUGCAGUCCAUCAACUAUCCAACAGUUGCUAAAGGCGAGGAAAGAUUGAGAAUCACUCCUACACCUGGACACAAUGAGCAAAUGAUUGAUCACCUUGUAGAUGCCUUGGAAACUGUUUGGAGAAAUAACGGCCUCAAAAGGGUUAGCGAUUGGAAGAAAAAGGGCGGUAGAGCCGGUGUUGGAACUUCCGACCCUCUGCCAAAACCAAUUUGGAAUGAUGCCCAAUUGAGAUUUGUAUCUGGUCAUGGUGCACCUAUCAGAUCCCGUGCUGCUAGCAAUGGUGAUCUAAUCAAAAAUUUCAAUAAUGGCAUCACCGCUUUCUAA